AUGGGGGUAGAGCUUUUUGCCCGGUGUCAAUAUGGCAGCGCUCUGUGCCUAGUAAAUGGGAAGCGGUUGGGAUGGAGUAAACUCCCAGAAAUAGGGUCGGGCAGAGUGGGCUGUGCCGUGGGGAACCGAGCAGGCGGACGGAGGGAGGUGCCGCGCUCCGGCGAAGGGGAUGAGGUGACGGGAGCCAUGGCGAACGACGGAGGCAGGAAGCAGUUCUGGAAGCGGAGCGGCUCGAAGGUGCCGGGGAGUAUCCAACAUGUGUAUGGAGCUCAGCAUCCUCCUUUUGAUCCAUUGUUGCAUGGAACCUUGAUAAAACCAGGAUCCAAGCCGCCUGUAACUCCUGUGAAAUUGAAGAAAGUCAGUACCUUCCAAGAAUUUGAAAGUAACACAAGUGAUGCUUGGGAUCUUGGGGAUGAUGAUGAUGAACUCUUAGCAAUGGCAGCUGAAAAUUUAAAUACAGAUGUAGUCAUGGAAACUGCUAACAAAGUAAUUCAGAAUCACAGCAAGCUACAAGAACAGCAUAAACUGCAGGAGGAACAGCUACAGGAAGACAAACCAGUACCGUUUUCAGAAUUGCCUUCAGUGGCGUAUGGUGACAACAGGCUGGUUAAGUCAGUCAGUGAAAGUCAUGCAUCAAGUUCUGCAGAGAGUGUUAGUGAAAAUUCUUCCAUGCAGAGGUCACAGUCCCUUCCACAUGCUCCAACAGAUCCAUUAGAGGGUGAAGAGGCAGACGACAAUACGUUAGCUACUCCGGCACUAACUGAAAGAGAGGCAUUCAGAUUAGACAAAUUUAAGCAACUACUUGCUGGUCCUAACACAAAUCUUGAUGAAUUACGGAAGUUGAGUUGGUCUGGAAUUCCUAAACAAGUUCGCCCGAUCACGUGGAAGCUUCUUUCAGGUUACCUUCCUGCCAAUGUGGACCGAAGAGAAGGCACUUUACAGAGAAAACGAAAGGAGUAUUUUGCUUUUAUUGAACAAUAUUAUGACUCCAGAAAUGAUGAAAAUCAUCAAGACACAUACAGACAGAUUCACAUAGAUAUCCCUCGUAUGAAUCCUGAAUCUUUAAGACUUCAACCCAAAGUAACAGAGAUUUUUGAACGAAUUUUGUUUAUCUGGGCAAUACGUCAUCCAGCCAGUGGAUAUGUUCAGGGAAUAAAUGACCUUGUUACUCCUUUUUUUGUAGUCUUCGUUUGUGAAUAUAUAGCAGCAGAAGAAGUGGAAAAUUUUGAUGUUUCCAGUCUGCCUGAAGAAGUGCUGCAGAACAUUGAAGCUGACAGUUACUGGUGCAUGAGCAAGUUGCUUGAUGGCAUUCAAGAUAACUACACCUUUGCACAGCCAGGGAUUCAAAAGAAAGUGAAAAUGCUGGAAGAACUUGUUAGCCGGAUCGAUGAACAAGUACACAGACAUUUAGAUCAACAUGAGGUGAAAUACUUGCAAUUUGCUUUCCGUUGGAUGAAUAACUUGCUGAUGAGAGAAGUUCCCCUGAGGUGCACCAUAAGGCUAUGGGACACAUACCAGUCUGAACCUGAGGGCUUUUCUCAUUUUCACUUGUACGUCUGUGCUGCCUUCCUUGUCAGGUGGAGAAAAGAGAUACUGGAAGAAAGAGACUUUCAAGAGUUGCUGAUUUUUUUACAGAAUUUGCCCACAAUGCACUGGGGAAAUGAAGAUAUCAGUGUUCUCCUAGCAGAAGCCUACAGACUGAAGUUUGCAUUCGCAGAUGCCCCCAAUCAUUACAAGAAAUGA